AGCGAAACGGUAUUCUGCUUUAAAAGCCCUCUCGUUUUUUUGGUUUUGUUGAACGCUUUUCUCUGGUUUUCAUCUUCUCUGUUAGCCUUUUUAAGACAUCAGAAUGUUCAACUUCGACUAUAAAGUUUCCUACGAUGAGUUUGUCAAGACAAUCUACUAUCAUGCCUGGAACUACGAAAUUAAGGCUAAGGAGCCACAAAAGGAGCAACAAAGACAGCGCGUCGUUGUGAGCGAACUGAUUAAGCGUGCCAAAUUGGAGGAAAGCAAGCAACAUUACGCAAACGCUUACUAUUAUGCAAACAGGUGCUUGCUGUUUUUCGAUACAGAUAAAAACAACGUAGAUUUUGGGCGCAAUGAUCCGCCGAGGAAAAAGAUUUUCGAAGAAGCUCUCGAUCUGGAAGCGAGGCUGAGACAAAAAGAUCUUCUUGCUGAAUACAACGCCAUGAUUGAGGAAAUUGACCGGCGAGAACCAGAACGUUGCAGAAUAGUUGCUCAGCAGCUAGAAGUCGACAACAAUGACGUUUCGCCUAAUGCGAAGCCUGAUUCCCCAGGUGUAAAUGAGCACUUAGCUCGUCGGCAACAGUUGCUUUCAAACGAGUCGAAUAAUGUGAAUUCGCUGUUGCAGCGUUUGAAAGCCACCUCUGGAUCGAGAACUCAAGACUCAGCGGCGCAAAUAAAGCUUUACCCGCAAAACACCUCUCCAUCGCCCGCGGAGCCAUCGGCCGUGGCGACGCUGUCCUUUCCUCCGCCGACGUACGCAACUUUAUCGCCUGACAUCCCUUUGCCACCUUCGCCCCAGCCGCCGCUUCCCUACAGCGGCACCCGUCCAGUGUCACCGUCAAGCAGCAGUUACGCAAAGUGUCUAUUGAAUUCCACCAACGCUGCAAUUACUGUGAGAAGACGCGGUAUUGUAAACUUGGGCAAUACGUGUUACAUGAAUAGCAUGUUGCAGGUCUUGAAUUCCACACCAUUAGGGCAGUACUUUUUGACGGAUGACUACGUCUCGCAACUGGUUACACGGAACGGGAAACUGACUCGCCUAAUUAACGCCUUUAGCUUUGUUAUUCGCGAGCUUAACCGCACAGAUUGCGACUUUUCUGUCAGCACAUCACCGUUUAAACUAGCUUUAGGUGAGUACUACGAAGGCUUCCAGAACUCGAGGCAGCAGGACGCGAACGAAUUUCUGCGUGUUGUUCUUGAUGGGGUUCACGGGGCGCUGAAUGUGAACGAGAGCAACAAAGUUGCUUUCCCCGAAAUCGACAACACCCAAGGUACUGACGACGAACUUGCGCGACGCUACUGGGCUCAAUAUUAUCAGACGAACUCUUCCGUCAUCGUUGACUAUUGUGCUUUUCAAGAAAGAAGCAUGAUUGUUUGUCCGUCGUGCAAUCGACAAUCUCGCUCUUUCAACGUCUCACUUAGCAUUGAGAUACCUAUUCCGCACAAUUCAUCUCGAGUUUCUCUAGAAGACUGCCUGGCCGCGUACUGCGGCGAGGAGGUGCUAGACAAUAGCUCUCUCUACCUCUGUCCCAGUUGUAAGCAAAAAGUGAACGCGAAAAAGCAGCUGCUCUUUUACUCGGCCCCUCCUGUUCUGUUUGUCACGCUCAAGCGGUUCCGGAGUUAUGGAGAUUUUUCUACUGCUUCAAAAGUGAACACGGAUGUCUUUUUUAACAAAGUGCUGAAUAUGGCGCCGUUUAUGUGCUCUUCGUUCUCGAAGACAAAAUACCACUUAGUGGGCAUCGUGAACCAUCAGGGAAACAUGCACGGCGGCCAUUACACCGCCGAUGCUAUCGGUCCAGACGGUGUGUGGUGCAAUUUUAGCGACGAGCGAGUGACCCGGUCUGGCGAGGCGGAUAAUCAGUUGGGCUAUAUUCUGUGCUACGUCAGAUGA